CACUAAACCACACUGCACCGCCCCCCGCCACCACCACCACCAUCGCAAUCAUGGUCGGCCAGGACAUGCCGCCCACGGGGGGCUACGAACCCGUCCAAUACCGCCGAAAUCUGCCAGUCCGUGGCUUCAGACCCGCCUAUCUCUUGGUAGGCCUCGCAGGUGUCAUGUCAUGGGGUUUCUACAGACUUGGACAGGGCAUCCGAGAGCAAAACGAACUGGCGAGAGAAAAAAUGUGGUCGCGCAUCCACCUCAUUCCAUUACUACAAGCCGAAGAGGAUCGAGAUGUGGUGCGAAGGGACUUUGCGCAAAAGGCGCUGGAGAAGGAGUUGCUAGGGAAGGAAGUGCCGAUAUACAACAAGGACCGAUUCGUGCGGCCGACAUAUGCUAUUACACCUUCCAAUGUGACGAAGUAGGAAUGCCAAAAUACAAAUCCAGACCCAUUCCUCAAGAUGCUGAAGUGUGCAAUAUGUAUAUAUACCGGAGUCGUAUAUCUUGCCGAUGCUCGGAUGCGCGAGCAGGUGAUGUGAUACCAAUGCUACAAAGUUCAAAUCUUU